AUGGGAGUUCUCCUGCGGAUCUGGCCGCCUCUGCUGCUGCUCCUCUGCGCCCCGCAGCACACCUGUGCCAGGGCUAUGAAUGACAUUGGGGAUUAUAUCGGGUCAAACAUAGAAAUAUCUUGGUUACCCAAUUUGGAUGACCUGAUGCAAGGUUACGCCCGCAAUUUCAGACCAGGCAUCGGAGGUCCUCCAGUUAAUGUCGCACUGGCCAUUGAGGUAGCCAGUAUUGACCACAUCUCGGAAGUCAACAUGGAAUACACCAUGACCGUUUUCCUGCACCAGAGCUGGCGAGAUGACCGGUUGUCGUACAACCACACCAACGAGACCCUGGGCUUGGACAGCCGCUUCGUGGACAAGCUCUGGCUUCCAGACACCUUCAUCGUCAACGCCAAGUCGGCUUGGUUUCAUGACGUCACUGUGGAGAACAAGCUCAUCCGCCUGCAGCCCGAUGGGGUGAUUUUGUAUAGCAUCAGAAUCACCUCGACAGUCGCCUGCGACAUGGACUUAACCAAGUACCCCAUGGAUGAGCAAGAGUGCAUGCUGGACCUAGAGAGCUAUGGUUACUCCUCGGAAGAUAUCGUGUACCGCUGGUCCGAAAACCAGGAUCAGAUCCACGGCCUGGAUAAGCUGCAGCUGGCUCAGUUCACGAUCACCAAUUAUCGAUUCGCUGCAGAAGUGAUGAACUUCAAAUCGGCUGGCCAGUUUCCCCGCCUGAGUCUCCACUUCCACCUACGGAGGAACAGAGGUGUUUAUAUCAUCCAGUCCUACGUGCCUUCCAUCCUCCUGGUCGCCAUGUCGUGGGUUUCCUUCUGGAUCAGCCAGUCGGCGGUGCCCGCCCGCGUCUCAUUAGGUAUAACCACAGUCCUCACCAUGACCACCCUGAUGGUUAGUGCUCGCUCUUCACUCCCAAGGGCUUCAGCCAUCAAGGCGCUGGAUGUGUAUUUCUGGAUCUGUUACGUGUUCGUCUUCGCUGCGCUGGUGGAGUACGCCUUUGCUCACUUCAACGCGGACUACAUGAAAAAGCAAAAGGACAAGCUGAAGACCAGCAGGCCGGCAGGAGAGGUCAACGUGAAGAAUGCCAUUGUCAUGUUUUCCCUCUCGGUAGCCGGCGUCAGCCAGGAGCUGGCCGUCUCAAAUAGGCCUCGCAGGGCCCCCAAAAACCUGCCCGGGGCACUGGGGUCAGGGGAGGUAGAAAUGGGACAGAACAAGCAGCAGCAGCAGGGGGCCAAGCCUGAGAAGCCCACUGGCCUGAAGUCUCUCUUCAAGCCCAUCGAUGCGGACACCAUCGAUAUCUAUGCCAGGGCGGUCUUCCCAGCAGCCUUUGCGGCAGUCAACGUCAUUUACUGGGUGGCUUAUACAAUGUGA